AUGGCUGUUACACGCUCCAUGGCUGUUACACGCUCCAUGGCUGUUACACGCUCCAUGGCUGUUACACGCUCCAUGGCUGUUGUACACUCCACACCAAAAUCUACAGGUCCUGCUCCAGCAGGUCCCAGUUCACCAACCACUUCCAUCAGAUCAAAGUCGCCCUUACAGACACCAAAGCUACCAGCCGCGCCACUCAAGAGGAAGAGGAGCAGGGAUGUCAACGACAGUCCGAUCCCAUUGAAGCUCAUAAAGAAGGAAGAAACAGCGCCUCAGGAAACUUCCUGUCCUCAAAGCUUUGCUGGAUCAGACGGUACAGCUGUCGAGGCAGACGGAUACGAAGACGAACAAUGCCCUCCCUUUUCCUCCAAACUGUUCAAACAAGAUCCUAUGGCGAGAGAUUGGUCUAAGGAGGGUCGACACGAGACCCUCAAAUACUUUCAAGAAUUUCCUCACGACCGAGGCUCAACACUUUGCGUCGAGCACUUCCUCAUUCUUGCAGAAAAAUGGUACUGGGAACGCAAGCCCACAGUGACUUCUCAACUGAACGCUAUGCCCAGGGACACGACAUCCAAGUCUGACCUUCCAAACUUGGCUCUGCCUAUCUGUGAAGAAACAUGGACUGUCAAGGAUGUCCAAAGCUUCAAAGAUGAGCUGAGUGGAAAGAUCUCACAAACCAGGGUAGAAUACAUCAUGGAGUACUAUCGAGUGGCACGCCUUACUGGGCAUAGGCCUAAAUGCGAGAUUUUCGACGCAACAUCAGGUACUGCUUUCUGUUCUAUGUGCGCCAAGUUUCCGGAUUUCAAAGCUUCCGACUACAGCACUCACAACUCUUGGUUUGACAUGCAAGCCUCUGAAGUCUUCAAGGUCAAGGCCGAGAAAAUGGUAGAUUCUAGGCGAAGUUGUUGUCCACACGAAAGGCCCAUCACGAUUCUAGGAGCCGAUAACGGGUUUUCCUAUACUGAAUGUGAGGACUGUCGUUAUAGACAAAAGGCUUUCUCAAGUCAGAUUCAUACGACGAAGCAUGCGAUCGAUAUAGCAGGCGUCAGAUUUCCUGUCAAUAUUGCACCAGCAAAGCCCAUGGCAAUGAACAGCAAAGUCGUGCAUAUAGAUGUCGGUGGGAUUCACGUUGUUGUCGACCAUUGCAAGUCACCCCUGAUCAGGUUUCGGACAAAGACAUAUGAAGCCAUAUGGAUGGAUUAUGCCAACACAAAAGGCAUCGAAACCACUAAUGCGAGAGACAACUAA